CCUGCGGUGAUCCUAGCUUAGGGUUUCUCCAAUCUCGCCGCCGCAGGAGGGUAGGGGAGAGAGAUGGCCGAGAAGAAGCAGCGCCCCGGCGGCGCGAGGAAGGCCGAGGUGGUCACCCGCGAGUACACCAUCAACCUCCAUAAGCGCCUCCACGGAUGCACCUUCAAGAAGAAGGCUCCUAACGCCAUCAAGGAGAUCAGGAAGUUUGCACAGAAGGCUAUGGGCACCACCGAUGUCAGGGUUGAUGUGAAGCUCAACAAGCACAUCUGGAGCAGCGGUAUCCGGAGCGUUCCAAGGCGUGUUCGCGUCAGGAUUGCUCGCAGGAGGAACGACGAGGAGGAUGCGAAGGAGGAACUCUACUCACUAGUCACAGUUGCUGAGGUCCCCCCAGAGGGGUUGAAGGGCCUGGGUACCAAGCUUGUUGAGGACGAGGAGUAAAUUUGUGCCUUACUAGCAUCAAAGCAAUUUAAUUUUUGUGUUUUGAGUUGUUUGUGCUACGACGAUCCUGAUCCUGAUUAGUGAACAAGCAGAGAUUUUUGGUACUGAACCAUUAGUAAACUAGCAGACCUUUUUGGUACUGAACUCUAUGUGGUAUUCAGUGCAGUUGUUUCUUGGUUGCUUAAGGGCACUCCUAGUUGAAGAAACUAUAGCAGUUUUCUACGA